CUCUAGGUCUAAGGAUAAAGCCGGGCGCACGCAAGAGCUCCACUCUUAACUCCUGACUGCCAGCUAUUGACUUGUCUGAUGUGAUCUUUUCAUCAGCCUUUGAUCUCAAUCCAUUUCCGUCUUUACAUCGCUUCUUUUUUUUUUCCUCUCAGGAAAUUUUUCACCUCUUCUGGCUAUCUCUGAAUACUUUUUUUUCUCUUAUCAGAUCAUCAACUCUUUGAGAUCUAUGGAUAAGCUCGUUGGAAACAACGUGACUACGGAGAACAGCUCCUUGAACAAGUGGACGCUCGGUGAACCAGGCUUGUUCCACCAUCGGGACCCCAGCGAACUCCGGGUCUUGGUGCCAGCCAUCCUGGGAGUCAUCUGUGUUUUAGGUGUGGCUUGUAAUCUCACCGCAAUGGUCAUCCUGUUCUCGAACGCCCACCGGGGCAAGCUGUCCCUCAUCAACUCGCUCAUCUUCAACCUGAUGUUCGCCGACGGGCUGGUGCUGAUGUUCACUGUCCCUUUCAGGGCUGCCUCCUACUCCAGGGCGAACUGGAGCCUGGGCUGGGUGGUGUGCAAGACGGCCGACUGGUUCCUCCAGUCCUGCAUGGUGGCGAAGAGCCUCACAGUGGCUUUCAUGGCAAAAGCCUGCAGCCGAUACGUGUCGAACCCCACCAGGCAGGUGAGCAUCCACCUGGGCUCCAUCCUGGUGGUGCUCUUCUUCAUCUGGCUGUCUGCCUGCUCCGUCACCAUUCCACUGUGGCUGUUUGCGAAGCUGCAGAGAGAGGUCCGUGGGCUCGUGUGUGUGCUAAUGUUUCCUCCUGAAGCUAAGGAGUUCAUGUCCGUGUACGUCAAAGCGUACCCCUUAGGGGUCUACUGUGCGCCUCUCAGCGUUGCCCUGAUGUACGUCUGGAAGGCUUACGGACACUGCCAACGUCGCUCCAGUAAGUCUCAGAACCUGCGCACGCAGAUCCGAUCCAGGAGGCUCACCCUGAUGCUUUUCAGCCUGACCCUGGCCAUGGCUAUCCUGUGGCUUCCUCAGUGGGUGGUAUGGCUUUGGGAGAGGCAUCUUGCAGAGAAGGAAACUGAAGGAGCUCAGCCACUGACUUCCUCUCCUCCCCUUUUCCUCGCCCUCUCUGCUCAGCUGCUCACCUUCUCUCUGUCGUUGGUGAACCCUCUGAUUGUACUCUUCCUCUCAGAGGAAUUCAGAGAGAGUUACCGGGGGCUGUGGAGGCGCCUCACCCUGCGCAAGCAGCCUCCACCAAAGCCAAAGCCCGGACCCCACAACCCUACCUCUCUCCAGUCCCCUUGCCCCAGACCGGAGACGUCAGGACAGCUCCCUGGAGAGAGAGGGAUCCAUUUCAGCUCCAGCCAGGAAACCAGCGACAAGGCUCAACCUCCGCCGGACCAAGGCAAACCUGGCGGGGAAAAAGAGGCGGACAGGGUGAGCCUUAAAGACGGGGUUGUCUUGCCUGACGUGGAGCAGUUCUGGCAGGACAGGGAGACCGGCUCGCACACGGAUGAAAACGAUCCGGUGCCGUGGGAGAACCAGGCCCAAGAAGAGAAAAAAUAAUAACCAGCCAGUCGCCAACGCACCUCUACCAACUGCUGCAAUGUGAAUGACUGAUGUUCUGUCUUCUGUGUGUGCAAUAUUGUUCGAAGGUAAGACGUGCAAUCAGAGCGAGUGAGACCCACAAAUAGAACAGCGUCAUCUGCAUAUGUGAUAACCUUUUGCAGUUUGUGAGGUAAUUAUUAGUGCCUGUAAAUUAAAACUUUAUGAUAGGACAAAAUAAUUUAUACAAACUUUCUUUCCACAUGGAGUCUGUACCAAAAGGAAUAAAAAAAUCAAAAAGCAGCCGGCUUGAAGUGUUUGCAAAUAAUUUCGACCUCUACUUAAAGGCUCACGUGUAAAAUUCUUACUUUAACGAACUAAAUAUUUAAAUGUGCAUUUGUCGUUUUUAUGAUGAUUAGAAAGUGGUUUGCAUGCCGCCGUUGACGUGACAGUAAUUGGCCUCGGAUUUAUUCGCAACGUGUCUCUAAAUGGAAACUUGUUUUCAAUAAAUACCUGUGAAAAUGUG